CCUCUGUCACAAACAUUCGCCGCCUUCGUCCAUCAAGAAUGGUCACCACACGAGCGAAGGGCGAUGCUGAGGCAAUUGACGACGAGGUGACCGCUUUGGUACACAACGGCGGCGGCGGAGACGAAAACGGAAACGGAGGCUCGAAAGAGCGCAGAAGUAGUAGUAGUAGCGCGUAUCCGUUGGAUGAUAACGAGGCCGUCAAGACCUACAUCAGGAACUGCCGAGCAUACGAUGUCGAGGUGGACCCGAGCGUGGUCAUCUCGCUCAAGACGGAGUGGGACGUGUUGCAGCCGACGAGAGACUUCGGGGCGGGCUCCAUGCUGCCGCUCGCCGGGGUGCUGGACACCAACAAGCACGUCAAGAAGCUGAGGCUAAGGGGGACGGGGUCCAAGCAGCGGAGACCCGUCGCCGGCGGGGGCAACUCCAACGCGCGAAUCCUGGGACACAUCUUGGCUCAGAACGACACCAUCGAGCAUCUCGACCUGAGUAACACAGGGCUUGACGCGGACGGUAUGCGCGAGCUGUGCGCCGCUUUGGAGAAUAACUCCUCCCUGACCGACCUCAACCUCGCCAGGAACCGUUUCGGGGCGGAGGGCGCGUCGAUGCUGGAAGGGACGCUCGACUCCGCGCCAGCGCUCAGAUCACUAGACGUUCGGAGCAACGCCCUCGGGUACAAGUCUAUCGCGAAGAUCCAACGACGUUGCUGCUGCCGACCGUCCGGUUGCCGAGAGCUCUCCGUCGAGGUGGAUGGUAACUUCGUCUUCGAAGAGGUUUUGAACGCCGGCACCCACGGAGUCGGGUUCGUGGCUGCCAUAAUCGGGGCGUCCAUACUCAUGACGGAGGCUUCCCAGGAGGGAAAGAGCCCCGAGCACUUCUGGGGCUGCGCGAUAUUCUCGGCCAGCCUGAUGUUUCUCUACCUGGCGUCGACUCUCUACCACAGCUUCUUCAUGCUACCGUACGUGAGCGGCCUCCUCUGCAUCGCCGACCACUGCGCCAUCUACAUCCUCAUCGCCGGCAGCUACACCCCGUUCAUGCUCAUCUCGAUGCACGGGAGCUCCCUCGGAAGUACGGUCAUCAUUGCGCAGUGGCUGUGUGCUCUCUUCGGCUGCCUCUUCAGCAUGACAAGUUACUCCUUGGACUUUAGGGGAACCAUGUACGUGGAGCUCACCUUGUACCUUGGCCUGGGGCUUUCCGUGCUGCUCGUGUGGGACUCGGUUCUCGAGCACAUGCACCAGGGGGAGCUCAUGCUCAUUGCCGGGGGAGGGGUGGCGUACGUGGGAGGUGUCAUAUUUUUCAUUCUUGGCGAGAAGGUACCUGUGUUCCACAUCGUGUGGCACGUGUUCGUUAUGGUGGCGAGCACUCUCCACUGGUUCGCGGUUUUCCACUACACGGUGCAGUAUGACGUGCCUAAGCCUUGGAUGAGCUAGGAAGCAAGCAUCCUUGGCCGGCUACAAUUGUAUAAAGCUUUUGGAUCGGCUUUUGCUUGGUUCGAUUGGUACUAGCUUGAUGAUUCGAUGGGCCGUCGCUUGAUGUGACGUUCGCGAGCUUGAUUGCUACAUAGCUUCGGUUGUAUGAUUUGAUUGUAUGAUGUUGGUGUUUGAUCAUGUUAGCUAGAUUGUUCGAUUGCCCCCUACUGCUGUAGGUUGGCUCUUUUGUUUUUCCUUGGCCUGGCGUGUCGCUGGAACGCGCAACUUCUGUGACCGAGGGUGCGUAACUUAGAAGUUUUCGUUUCAGACGACAGAGGCAUUGCCAAUAGGCGUACGCCAUGCGUAGCAAGCAUGAGGCGGGUAUAGGUCGUGGCCUCGUCAACUGGCGUGGCAACUGUUGGCCGAUGCAGUUGGUGUUUUGGAAGUACCCGCUGCGUGUGUUUGUUGUGGGGGUGAUUUCGGUGUUGAACACCGGCGGCAGUGCGUUGGGUGAAUUCCGCCGCCUUGUGCUUUGCCGAUCGCGGCACUUUUUUGCCGAUCGCGACACUUUUGGUGGAGUUUUGUCCGUGUCAGGGGUACAUACAGUCAAAUGGUUGGUGGAGUUCGAGCCUCAAAAAUAGUACUGUUCUCUGGAUCGUUCUUAUCCCAAGCACGGCGGCAGACAUGCUUCUGCCUUUUUUGGGUGUAGCCUAGCGUGGCCUGUGACCACACGGAGGGGGGGUCGAUCGUGUGCUGGUCAACGGACGUGGUAGAGUUUGCGGCGUGAAGUCAUGUACAACACAGCACAUACGAGAUACCAUGGGACAGGAUGGUAGAGCUUUUUCCUGUACGGGGGGGUGUGCCUUUGGUGUCGAUGUAGAGCCCAUGCAAUGUUCUAUCGAGCGGUGCACGAAAACGAGUGUUUUUGAAUCAGCGCACGCAGACGGUAGUUCCUCCAAGCAGGCGAAGAAUGUGAAAAAAGCGGAUGCCGUCUUGUGCUUGGCUGCAAAAAGCGACCGAGCGACCGAGCUGGAUUGUGUGUGUGUGUGUGUGUGUGUGUGUGUGUGUGUGUGUGUGUGUGUGUGUUUCGUGUUUCUUCUUGCCGACAGCUCUCAAAAGCGUACACCUUCCAUUGCCAACACUCUGUUUCUUUCCCCUGUCCGGUGGAAACUUGCGCGUUGGGGUCGUACUCUGUUGAUGGUUAGUGGUCCGAUCACAAGCUUUCCUACGGCUGGGCAGACUUUCUGUUGAGUUUUCGCUCGUAGGGGUACCGCGUUGAGUUGUCGCUCGCAGGGAACAAGCGCUUUCCUCUUGCCGCUAGAUGGGCUGAUUUGUAGCGUGUUUGGAGCUAGGGGUCUCUCCCCCUGCUGCCUGUGUCAGUAUCCAAACCGUGUUCAUCAAGAAGAAGCGCCAUGAUACUAGCGCAGAAGCGCUUGUGCUGGCUCUUACGAACAUGGAAGCCUGAAGGUGGUGGGUGGGGCAUCGCUAUGUGACGGGGUUUGUGGCGGUGCUGGAGAGGAGGCCUUCUCCCGUGAACGUGCAUGCUUGGCUCAAGCUCUAGCGCUGACUCUCAUGAACAUGGAAAUCCGCUGGUGGUGGGUGGGGCAUCACCAUGUUACGGUGACUGGCUCGGGGGUUUGCGGCGGUGUUGGAGAGGAGACCUUCUCCGGUGGGGACGUGCGUACUUGGCUGAGCUGCUGCUACACAUAUCCGGCUGGCUGCAGUCCCCGCUCCCGUCGGGGUAGUAGUUCGCUUUGCGUACCGCAUGGCUGCAUUGCCGCCCGUCGUAUUUUCGUCCUUGUUGGUGUUUUUGGUGGUGAUAGUGUUCGACGGCUGUGUUUUGGCCUCCCGUGUUCUUCUAAUCUUUUUUUCGAGUUUUGUGAUGCACCAGAGAAAUUUCCAGAGUGUGUACAGAAAAAAUUGAUAUUUACUUGGUGUAGGCUUAUCGAGAUGCUUCCUGCGGUGAUGAGGGGGGUCGAGAGAAAGGAGGGUAGGCAAAAUCCAGUGUCGAGUUUUGCGGAAGCAGGUGGUUGUGUGUGGCGCUUUGCCCCCGGCGGGUGGGACAACAUCUUCCCUUCCUUCUAGCGGAUCUUAUCGAGCGUGACACCAUGUGGGGAGGAGGACGAGGAGGAGGAGGAAGCGUGUUGGUUGUUUUGUCUUCACAUUAAAAACCGUUCCGAUCUCUCUCUACCCAGUACCUUCAUAUGUUGGUUGCCGCACAUUGGUUGUUCGAGGUUGUUUGUACUGCUGUUGGAGGGCAGUGUGUUGUUGUCGCCACGUGCACGGAUAAUCCAUACCGAUUCGAGUUUGUCAAAAAGCACCACAACGGUUGCAGCAGCAAUGGUGGUGGUGCUCUGCCGGAACCACAGCUGCAGUCAACAUCUUUAUUUCAAGGAGAGAAUCUCGGAGAAUACCACGCUAUCCAAAGCGGACGUGCUUUGGGUGGUAAUGGCUGUGGGAGGAUCGUCAGUUACGUUAUACCUCCCCGGCCCCAUCGCCGUCCAUCAGAGGGAAGGGCAUCGACCAUGGCGGGGGUUGCCGUCCCAUGCUACGCGCACAUGCCGUGAGCUACAUCAAGGCAAGCAAGACCUUGCUUAGACCCCACGGCUUCGAGGAUACCUUCAGACCAUGAACUCCUUACAAUACAUGAUUGCGUUACCAUCACCACUUCGCGCUGCUGCCGCUCUUCGAAAUGGGGCCACAGGCGACAGAGCAACCUAUUUUAGUGUCAUGGUGGACCCUCAGACUAAGGUACCAUUUGAGCGGGUAUAUCUUCUUGCUCAGGGUCGCUUGGGAGUGAGCGGUAGCGAGCGACUGACAGAGAAAAGGAGGAUAACGAAAAGGAACCGGACGGAAAUGGAGCCGCAACCUACACACAGCUUAAUCUCGUCAGACAAAGCGAUUGCUACUGUGCGUUCGUCGAGAAAGGCAGCAGAUCGAAGUAUUCAACGAUGGCUUUUGCCGCCGCCCGGCGUUCCGGGCGGUUCCUCCUCUUGUUCUGCCUGGUACGCUCGACGGCUUUCCGCUUGCAUUCUUCGGCCACUCUCGCCAUUGUCGCUUUGCUCCGCCGGUCCCUUUUGGCCGGCUCUCGACCGCCGCCCGUAGACCUGGCUUUAUUGGGGAUAAACGAAUGCCCACCGCGGUGGUUGCUGUCUGCUACUGUUGGUAGCUUCGAAUCUAUGGUUACUUGGCGUUUCCCUGUUUUUGUGGGUCUGCCGCUUGCUGCCUCCCUUCUCCCUCUUGUUGCCAUUUGCACCCAUUCCCAUCGCGCUGCGGCCGCUGUACAAACAGCAGGGGCCGGGAGAGAGGAACUGUCGAUGUCGGGUGGAGGCUCGGUUUCUUUCUCUGUCGUCACCACCUACCGCAGCUGAGUACAGGUGAUGGCUGAGUACACCGAACAUCAUAAACAAUACAAUAUUGGAUCAACUUAACAGGAAUCCUUGGGUGAGCUGAAUAUUUCAAUAGUUCUUACAUCUAAGCAUAGACCAAACCAUUUUCUUGCUCUUGCGGCGACAUUUCGAAUUUGCCAAACCAUUCUAUCUAGGUUCUCAAAAAACUACAUAGCUGCGGGGUCCGCACUGCUGUGUCGAGUGAACGUUUGGAUCGACCACCGAGCGAAGGAGCUAUCAGGAAACAACAACACAGCUCUAGGCAACCUUCUUGCUUCGGUUGUGCAUACAUCUCCGCUAGCCCCACUGCAUCACCACCCACCAGGACAAUAAACUGUAGACUACCGUGUACCGUAGGUAACAUGACGUGAGAUACCUCACCCCCCUGACCGAUAUUCAAACAAACCUCGAUUGCUCCACGCAAGAGGAUAUCAAUCAAAUGACAUGUUUUCGGGAGAUCUGGACGAGACGGUCCCAUCGCCGUCCUUUUUUGGCAACGCCACCCUCUCUUCUGCUGUGAAGCAAUUGAGCUGCAAAUAGGUCCCGGGGGGUGUGGUAUCUUGUGUCACCCACGGAGGGUGCCCGCCCGCCGCCUUGUUCACCUGCUGAGACCACGCGACGACUGCUGCGGUCGCUGACGCUCAUGGCGGCCUGUCUGGAGUUGACUAUCACAUGUUGCUCCUCCUCUCCUGAUGGUAGGUGAUUACGCGGCGUGUUCCUGGACAAGACCUCUGACCGGGCUUGUCAUAGGCUUUUUCCGUGCGACGUGGAUACAACUCGUGGUUGGUUUGUUCGCCUGAGCUCCUGACCCAGGUCCUUCACAAUCCGAAUCCGCUCCGACGAUCUUGCACAUUGUUCGCCGAGCUUAUUCUCGGUUUUCGCGUCGUUUCCACGAUCUAUGGCCACCACAACGUAGUAUCAGGAUCGAAGAGAGAAACAGGAGCAGCAGGAUCACCAGCGAGCUUGGGCGUGAG